UCAGGACUGUCUGUUCUGCAGAAGGUUCUGGACACAGCAGCAGAGCAUAACUGGCUGGUGACCUCUGUAAACGUGGAGACAAUGACAGAGGCGUCCUUUCUCAAAGUGUUCCAGGAUCUGGACAAAAAGAAGGAGGGCCAGAUAAUCAUCGACUGUGAGCUGGAGAGACUCACCUCCAUUCUGAAGAAGAUCAUCGAGCUGGGGAAGAAUGUGAAGAGCUACCACUACAUCCUAGCGAACCUGGGAUUUUUGGACAUUGACCUGACGGAGUUUAAGAAGGGUGAGGCGAAUGUAACAGGCUUUCAGCUGGUGAAUUACGCAGAUCCUAAUGUCAGCAGGACAGUGCAGCAGUGGAUGGAGUUUGACAAUAAAGAUGCCAAAGUUCCCAAGCGAAGACUGAAGUACACUGGAGCUCUCACAUAUGAUGGGGUCAAAGUCAUGUCCACAGCUUUCCAGAACCUCCGCAGGCAGAGGAUAGAUAUAUCUCGACGCGGAAAUGCUGGAGAAUGUCUGGCCAACCCACCGGCACCCUGGGGCCAAGGCAUUGACAUUCAGAGAGCGCUUCAACAGGUUCGGAUUGAAGGCUUAACAGGACACAUUCAGUUUAACGAGAAAGGACGAAGGACAAACUACUCUAUCAGUGUGAUGGAGCUCAGGCCGACGGGACCAAAGAAAGUGGGUUACUGGAAUGAGGAUGAGAAAUUUGUGAGCACGGCGGCCUACAUGCCGGGAAGUAAUGAGACUUACGGACUUCAGAACCGCACAUAUAUUGUUACCACUAUUCUGGAAUCUCCAUAUGUCAUGCUGAAGAAGAACCAUGAACAUUUCACAGGAAACGAUAAGUAUGAAGGUUAUUGUGUGGAACUGGCAGCAGAGAUCGCCAAACAUGUGGGAUACCACUACAUACUCAAGAUAGUGGCUGAUGGGAAAUAUGGAGCCAGAGAUGCGGAGACCAUGAUGUGGAAUGGGAUGGUAGGAGAGCUUGUCUAUGGUGUAAGUGAUGGUGUGUGUUGUGUCGGUUUCUUCAGCCGGAGGCUGUCAGUGCUAAUGAAUGAA